AUGCUGCAGUUUGUCAGUAACCAGGCAGGUGACUUUCCAGAUCUGUUUUCGGAUCAGUUGUGCAGCACCUUCCAGGGUGGCAGCAAUGGUGGUGGUAGCAGUGGCAGCAGCAGUGGGACCCUGGAGCCGCAGCUGCAGCGGCCGUACAGCCAGGUGCAGCUUCAGCCUUUCCCGCCAGCUCCCGCCUCCCCCCAGCUCCAGACCCUGCCAGUCAAAACAACGCAGGCGACACCUCCGGCUCCUUCACGCUCGGCUCCUCUUCUUCAGCCCCGGCCCCCGCUCCAGCCUCAGCUCCAGCAGCAGACUGUGAUGAUUACCCCAACAUUCAGCUCUGCGCCCCAGACCAGGAUCAUCCAGCAGCCCGUCAUCUACCAGAAUGCAGGCACGAGCUUCCAAGUUCUCCAGCCCCAAGUCCAGAGCCUGGUGACAUCCUCCCAAGUUCAGCCUGUCACCAUCCAGCAGCAAGUGCAGACCGUGCAGGCCCAGCGAGUGCUAACGCAGGCUGCCAACGGCACCAUCCAGACCUUAACGCCGGCCACGGUCCAGACGGUUGCUGCACCACAGGUCCAGCAAGUUCCAACCCUUGUUGGGAGCAACGGGACCAUUUUGACCACAAUGCCAGUGAUGGUGGGACAAGAAAAGGUGCCUAUCAAACAAGUUCCUGGCGGUGUCAAGCAACCAGAGCCACCUAAAGAAGGAGAGAGGAGAACAACUCACAACAUAAUUGAAAAGCGUUACCGGUCAUCCAUAAAUGACAAGAUCAUUGAGCUGAAGGACCUUGUCAUGGGGACAGAUGCCAAGAUGCACAAAUCUGGAGUCCUGAGAAAAGCCAUUGAUUACAUUAAAUACCUACAGCAGGCCAACCAUAAGCUGAGGCAGGAGAACAUGGUUCUGAAGCUGGCUAACCAAAAAAACAAACUGUUGAAGGGCAUUGACCUAAGCAGUCUGGUUGACAACGAUGUGGAUCUGAAGAUAGAUGACUUCAACCAGAACGUGCUGCUGAUGUCUCCUCCAGCCUCUGACUCGGGAUCCCAGGCUGGCUUCUCUCCCUAUUCCAUUGAUUCCGAGCCAGGAAGCCCACUCCUUGAUGAUGCAAAGGUUAAAGAUGAGCCUGACUCUCCUCCUGUGGCCCUUGGUAUGGUGGAUCGCUCUCGAAUACUCCUCUGUGCUCUCACGUUCCUUUGCCUUUCCUUCAAUCCUCUGACAUCCCUCUUGGAUGCACGAGGUACCCCGGAGUCUGACAGCCUGGUGCACCAUGGCUCUGGCAGGAACGUGCUGACGAUUGAGUCGGAUGCGGGUGGUUGGUUUGGCUGGAUGAUGCCCACGCUGAUCCUGUGGCUCGUGAACGGGGUGAUUGUGCUGAGUGUGUUCGUAAAGCUCCUUGUGCACGGAGAGCCAGUGACCCGGCUGCACUCGAGGUCAUCGGUCACGUUCUGGAGGCAUCGCAAGCAAGCAGACCUGGAUUUGGCACGGGGGGAUUUUGCUGCAGCCGCGUCAAAUCUGCAGAUUUGCCUGUCAGUACUGGGCCGGGCACUGCCAGCUUCCCGCCUGGACUUGGCCUGCAGCCUGUCCUGGAACGUGAUCCGCUAUAGCCUGCAGAAGCUGGCGCUGGUGCGGUGGCUGCUGAAGAGGACUUCUCAUCAGUGGCGGGCAAGGGAGGCCACGGCAGGCUUUGAGGACGAGGCCAAGACCAGCGCUCGCGAUGCAGCUCUAGCGUAUCACAAGCUCCAUCAGCUCCACAUAACAGGUAAACUUCCCUCCAGCUCAGCUUACUCAGGCCUGCACAUGGCCCUGUGUGCUGUGAAUCUGGCAGAGUGCGCAGAAGAAAAGAUCCCACCCAGCACAAUGGCAGAAAUCCACCUGACAGCCGCGGUUGGCUUGAAAACCCGCUGUGGAGGCAAGCUUGGCUUCCUAGCGAGCUACUUUCUGAGCCAGGCUCAAAGCCUGUGCAGCUCAGAGCGGAGUGCCAUUCCCGACUCGUUGCGUUGGCUGUGCCACCCACUGGGACAGAAGUUUUUUGUGGAGCGAAGCUGGACAGUGAAGUCUGCUGCGAAGGAGAGCCUGUACUGCACCAAAAGGAACCCUGCGGAUCCUAUAGCACAAGUUCACCAGGCUUUUUGUGAGAACCUGCUAGAGCGAGCAGUGGAUUCACUCGUGAAGCCUCAGGCUAGGAAAGAGAUAGCGGGGCAAGAGGAGGAGGAGCCGUGUGAGUUCUCCGGUGCCAUGGAGUACCUGAAAUUGCUCAACUCUUUCUUGGACUCAAUGGGAAGUGGAGCCCCACCCUUUGCCAACAAUUCUGUACUCAAGUCUGCCCUGGGGCCCGACGUGGUGUGCAGAUGGUGGUCAGCAGCGGUGGCAAUGGCAAUCAGUUGGCUCAGAGGGGACGAUGCAGCUGUGAGGUCCCAUUUUGCAGAAGUGGAGCGCGUGCCGAAAUCCCUGGAGAUGUCCGAGUGCAUGAUCCAGCUGCUGGCCUGUGACUUGCUGCUCUCUCUCCGCACCAGCCUGUGGCAGAAGCAGGCGAACGCCAGCCAGGCCCUGGGUGAGACCUACCACGCCUCUGCCUCCGAGCUGACGGGCUUCCAGCGCGAGCUCGGCAGCCUGCGCUAG